AUGUCUCCUUCGCAACGAUUCGUUCAAGAUCCUGUGCGACUUGUCCAUGAGUGGAACUUGGCGCUGCUUCAACUGCAGCCAGGCCUACGAUUGGAUGAGAACUUCAAUGUACUUCACAAGCCGGACCUUGAUCAGAAAGGUCGGGUCACAGUAGUGAGCGGAGGAGGUAGUGGGCACGAGCCUGCUCAUUCGGGCUAUGUUGGAGAAGGCAUGCUCGAUAUUGCUGUGAGCGGUGCUGUGUUUACCUCCCCAAACGUGCGACAAAUCCAGCGCGGACUUGAGCUGGCUGCCUGUCCCAAUGGCACAAUCUUGGUUGUCAAAAAUUACACAGGCGAUAAGCUAAAUUUUGCACUUGCUGCUGAACAAUUCAAAGCCGCUACCGGGAAUGAUGUUAGGAUGGUGCUGGUUGGCGACGAUGUCGCGGUGGGCAGGUCACGAGGCAAAUUUGUCGGCCGUCGUGGUCUGGCUGGAACAGCCAUUAUGCACAAAGUUGCUGGUGCCGCGGCAAAAAAGGGGUUUGAGCUGGAUCGUAUCGUUAAACUCUGCGACGAGACCAUCACGCCAAACAUGGGCACGAUCGGUGUCUCCCUUGCACCCGCAGAAACUAUCAGCCAUUCCGAUGAUAUCAAAUUAGGAAUGGGCAUUCACAAUGAGCCACCUAUUGGCAGUCUACCGCAAAGCACUUCUACGGAGGAAGUCAUUAGGCAGAUGCUUGAUCUUUUGCUGAACCCAGAUAAGGCUGAACAUGCAUUCUUGGGCGCGAAUGCUGCAGACCCCAGCCGUCGAGUCGUUUGCUUGAUCAAUAACCUCGGCGGCCUGUCUGUUCUUGAACUUGGCGCUUUGACUUCCAUGGUGACUGGUCAACUCAAGACUACAUACAACGUUGUUCCCUGUCGCACAUUCUGUGGCACAUUCCUUUCUGCCCUUGAUGGACGAGGGUUCAGUAUCACCAUACUCAGCCUUGAUGAAUCGGAGGAUGCUUUGACGAUAUUGAAUCUUCUUGACGAGCCUACAACCGCAAUUGGCUGGAGCCCUUCAAUUCCCUCCAGUCAAUGGACUCUCCAAUCGGGCUCUACUUUAGAGUCGCCCAAUACACUUGACAGGAUUGAGCGGCAGACAGGCAUCAAGGUUCCUUGCGACCCAAAUAUGUUUACAAAAAUAAUUGAUGGCAUCCUUAUCGAAGUCAUGGUCCAGGAACCGACGAUCACACAAUAUGAUGUUGUGCUCGGUGAUGGCGACUGUGGAACUACACUUCUCACAGGAGCAACUGCCCUGAGAAAUGCUUUGCUCGAGGGGCUCAUCAACCCUGGUGACCUCUCUCUCGGCAUGCUGGCGCUUGCCGAAGUUGUCACAAACGCGAUGGGCGGUACGUCAGGUGCCAUCUACGGCAUUUUCUUGUCAGCAUUCGCCGCUUCUUUGAGCAAAUCAUUCGUCGAGAGUGAGGGCAUUACGGCCCAGUACUUUGCUGGGGCUCUCAGUCAGGCGUUGCAAUCUCUGAUGCGGUUUACUGGUGCCCGAGUUGGUGACCGUACCCUCAUGGAUGCACUUAUUCCGUUUGUGGAGGAGUUUGAACGCUCUACAAAGUCAAUGAGCAGUAUCGAGGCAGUAAAGGCAGCCACUGCAGCAGCUAUUGCUGGUUGUGAGGCUACGCGAAACUUUGAGGCGAGGUUCGGACGCUCUACAUACGUGAGCGAUGAGCAAGGACUGGAAGUUACCAAUGAAGAGACAACUCGUCUUCCUGAUCCGGGUGCCUGCGGUAUUGUCGCGGUACUUAACGGAAUCGUCAAGGCAAUUAAUUCUUGA